UACGCCAUCUGUUUGGGCCCAGAGUCAGCAAUCUCUCAAACCGAGAGAAAAGCUUCUGAUUUCCUACUGACGUGCAAACCCACGGACCUAUACGGCAGACUGACAGCCGCAACAUUGCUCAUGGUGACUGCUAUUUUAACUUUUGUCUGGGCCAUCUUCUCUUGGCCAAAACGCGAAUGCGCGAACAAUCUCAGGGUCAUGCUACCCACAUUGCGCGAACCAACCAAUCAGAACGCUAGUUUUCCUGAACCUAUUCGCCCCCUCCGGGUUUCCCGCGUACUACGCUCAGGUUCCUUUAAUGAAUGCCCCCGCUUCUUUCGAGCCAUUUCUGUUGGCGGACGGCGAGAAAAAGUAUGCUUCCUUAAUCAGUGGGUCAAACUACUUGGUAGGAUAUCCUUUGAAAAGGAUACUCAAGUUCCCAAUGCCGCCAUUUUCACCUUGAACCGAGAAGAUCAUACCGUCGGCAACAUGCUGACGUGUCAACUCCUCAAAGAUCCAAGAGUAUUAUUUGCUGGAUACAAAGCACCGCAUCCACUGGAACAUAAAAUCGUCAUUCGAGUGCAAACCUUACCACCAACUACACCCCUGGAUGUAUUUAUUUCCGCUUUGAAAGACCUGGUCAGUGAAGUAUCAAAUAUUGAAGAGCAGUUCAGAGUAAGCUUUCCAUCCACAUUUCAGCCACUGUCGUCCACUUUUAGAUGGCAACCAAAUGAGGACCUCGUCGCGAUUCCUCCUGUACAUAAUUGUCUUUUCUGUAUACGCAAUAAAGAACUGCACGCUAUGUUCUGUUCUCCUAUGCUAUAG